UGAACUGCAGCUCUUUGUGCUCCUGAUUCACUCCAGUCCAUUCAUCUCUUUUUGAUGGCAAAGUGCUGUCGGCUGCUGCAUAUUGGGCUCUUUGUUUAUACAGCCAGCACAACGCUGGUCACAAAGGGACAGCCUGUGCCCCAAGGAGCCCACGUGCUACGGGGAAGACAGUGGAGAGCAAUAGGAGUGACGGACGGGACGGCAGAGCCUUAGGUACUGAUCCGCCUUCAGACCCUGCACAAUGGAGGCUGGCUCUGUGGUACGAGCAGUCUUUGAUUUCUGUCCCAGCGUCUCUGAAGAGCUGCCCCUCUUCGUGGGAGAUGUCAUCGAGGUGCUGGCCGUGGUGGACGAGUUCUGGCUCCUCGGCAAGAAGGAAGGGGUCACAGGGCAGUUUCCUAGCAGCUUUGUGGAACCUGUGGAUAUUCCCCCUUUGAAGCAGGGAGAAAAACUGUUUGUUUGUACCAGUGACUUCACAUCUCAAGAGCCAGGGAGCUUGUCAUUGCAGAGAGGAGACCUGGUGAUCCUGGGGGGGUCCCUGGCCUCCAGCUGGCUCCAGGGCCGAAGCAGCUGGGGUUCCAAGGGCUUUUUCCCCUCAUCAUGUGUGCGGGAGCUGUGCCUUUCAGUUCGGAGCCGUCAGCUGUCCCAGAGCGCUCUCCUGGAGGUGCCUGCCUACUCACUGGGCCAAGCUCGGGCCCUGAUGGACCUGUCUGCUCAGCUGGAGGAGGAACUGGACUUCAGGGAAGGGGAUGUGAUCAACAUUGUUGGUGUCCCAGAGCCUGGCUGGUUCGAAGGCGAGCUCAGAGGCCACAGGGGCAUCUUUCCAGAGGGUUUUGUGGAACUGCUUACUCCUCUGCGAGCAUCAGGAACAGCAGUGGAUCCAGAGCCCACAGGGACUUGUGACACCAAUGGGACAGUGGAGAUGCCCCACAAGGAGGAGGAGGAGCCAGGGAGCACUUAUGGUGUUGCCCUCUAUCAGUUCCAAGCUCUGGAGUCCAAGGAACUGGAUUUUGAUGUGGGUGACAGGAUUCGGAUCGUAGGCAUUCUGGAGGAUGGCUGGCUGGAGGGGGAACUGAGGGGGAAACGCGGCAUCUUUCCACACAGAUUUGUGAGGCUGGAAGCCUCUGAGGCUUGCAGGGAAAAGGCAGAUGCUGGGGAUCCUCAAGGUGGAGGUAGCUGUGGAGUGACCAUCCAUCAAGACCCAGAAAGCACCUGCUCCGAAGCUCUUCCUUUGCCAGGGAAAGAUGGCAGGGAAAAGGAGGGUGGCUCGGCUGCACACCCUGAGCCUGACACCAUUUUGUCUCACAAGGCAGGGCGGUCAGAGGGUCCUCUUGGCACUGACUUGAGACAGCAUCAGGCCUUUCCCAGCACAGGACAUCAAGGGUCACGUCCCAAAGGCACAGCGGACUCCCUCCCCUUUGACCACACGAAGACGAUCAAUGGCCUUCUCCCCUCUGCUCAGCUGCCUCCCCAAUGGGGCAACAGGCCUGGCCAAGCAGGUGAGUUGGAGCCUUCGGGGACCGUUUCAGCCUCCCCAGGAAACUCAGAAACUCACACCUUGCCUGAGCAUGAUGGAGACAGUCCCACUGUGCCCCCGCAGGCUCCCCGCUCCCCCCGAGAUCCUUGCAGGAGCCAGGCGAUUUCUUCUCCUAACAGCUGGGCAGCAUCCGAGCCCCAGGAGAGCCAGAGCAGCACCCAGGACCUGGACGAUUGGGUGGACGGUCAACAGGAGAAGUCCAAACCCUGUUCCUCCAGCUUGGGAGGUGCCCAGGUGGGCCUGGACACAUGGGCUGGGAGCUGGGGUGAAUGCUGCCCGCUCGCCUCACAGGGGGACGGCUGCACGGACCUCGACUCCAAACUGACAGAGCAGCUGGCGCAGUUUGAGAAGAGUCUGUCGAGUACUGGCGCUGAGCAGGACAAGGUCUCCCGCCACUUCUCUAUCUUGGACUACAGCUCUGAGAAGGACAUUGUCCGUGGGUCUCCUGAGUGUGCCCCCCAUGCCAGGCAGCCUGAGAGGAGGAAGGCCCUGAGGCCACCCCCUCCUCGGCCCAGCAGCCUUGCGACAACGCCUGUGCACACGCUGGGUGGCCAGGUGCCCAAAGGCAGGUCUCUGUCAUUCUCGGUCAAGCCCUCCCGGCCUGCGCCCCGGCCUCCAUCAAGCAACCAGCGGAAAAACGUGGCCCCUGUACAGCUUCAGCCCAGCGCCCAGGAGCAGCGCGUGGAGGAGGGACGUGAGGACUUGACACGGGCAGGAUCAGCUUCCCCUUGCUCCAUUCUGCUGACGAGGAUCGGAGAGGUGGAGCGAGACCUGGAGGCUUAUGGCAAGACCCGCACUGAGCUAAGCCUGAUGCUGGAGGAGCAGCAGGAUGAGCUGGUGAGAGCAGAGACCCUGGAAAACCUUGAUUUCUGUGACUCCAACAUCGAGAGCCUCAGCGUGGAGCUGCAGGAGCUGAGAGAGAUGACUCUCCUGUCCUCCCAGACACCAUCCCUGGAGACGUCCUCAGCUGCCACUGAGAGCCCAGAGCAAAGGAUGCUGGAGAAGAGGUCCAAGGUUAUUGAGGAACUGCUCCAGACGGAGCGGGACUAUAUCCGAGACCUGGAGAUGUGUGUGGAGAGGAUCAUGGUGCCCCUGCAGCAGGCACAGAUGCAGAACAUAGACUUUGAGGGUCUUUUUGGAAACAUCCACAUGGUAAUUAGCUUCUCCAAGCAGCUGCUGUCCACCUUGGAGGCUUCAGAUGCCAUCGGGCCAGUGUUCCUGGCACAGCGUGCAGAGCUGGAGAGCGUCUACAGGGUUUAUUGCCAGAACCAUGACGAGGCCAUCGCACUGCUGGAAACCUAUGAGAAGGAUGAGAAAAUGCAGAAACUACUCCUGGAUCUGCUGGAUGGCCUCAGGAGCCUGUACAGUGAGUGGGGCUGCACAAACUACAUUAACCUGGGCUCCUUCCUCAUCAAGCCAGUGCAAAGGGUGAUGCGGUACCCACUGCUGCUGAUGGAGCUGCUGAGCGCCACCCCUGAGGCUCACCCUGACAAGGCACCGCUCACAGCUGCUGUCCUCGCAGUCAAAGAAAUCAACGUCAACAUCAACGAAUACAAGCGCCGGAAGGACCUGGUGCUAAAGUACCGGAAAGGGGAUGAGGAUAGCCUCAUGGAGAAGAUCUCCAAGCUCAACUUCCACUCUAUCAUCAAGAAAUCUAACCGUGUGAGCAGUCACCUCAAGCAUCUCACAGGCUUUGCACCCCAGCUGAAGGAUGAAGCCUUUGAAGAGACAGAGAAAAAUUUCCGGAUGCAGGAGCGGCUGAUCAAGUCCUUCAUCCGGGACCUUUCCCUCUACCUGCAGCACGUUCGGGAGUCGGCUUGCAUGAAGGCGCUGGCAGCAGUGAGCAUGUGGGACCUGUGCACGGAGAAGGGCAGUGGGGACUUGGACCAGUUCCAGAAAGUGAAUCGGCUCAUCAGCGACCAGCUCUUCUCCAACUUCAAAGAGCGGACGGAGCGGCUGGUGAGCUCACCCCUGAACCAGCUGCUGAGCAUGUUUGCGGGGCCCCACAAGCUGGUGCAGAAACGCUUCGACAAGCUCCUUGACUUCCACAACUGCACGGAGCGAGCGGAGAAGCUGAAGGACAAGCGAACACUGGAGGAGCUGCAGUCGGCCCGCAACAACUAUGAGGCCCUCAAUGCCCAGCUGCUGGACGAGCUGCCCAAGUUCCUGCGCUUCGCCAAGGAGCUGUUUGCCAGCUGCGUGCGGGGCUAUGCCGAGGCGCACUGCGACUUUGUGCGCCUGGCCCUGGAGGAGCUGAGACCCCUGUUGUCGUUGCUGAAGGUGUCCGGCAGGGAGGGGAACCUCAUUGCCGUCUUCCAGGAUGAGCACAGUCGAGUCCUCCAGCAGCUCCAGGCCUUCACCUUCUUCCCAGAGUCCCAGGCAGCUCCCAAGAAGCCUUUUGAAAGGAAGAGCGUGGAGCGGCAGUCUGCCCGGCGGCAACCCCUUGUUGGCUUGCCUAGCUACCUCCUGCAGUCGGAUGACAUCCGAGCUGCCCUCCUGGCCCGCUAUCCCCCGGACAGUCUCUUCCAGGCAGACCGCAAUUUCAAUGCUGCCCAAGACCUGGAUGUCUCACUGCUGGAAGGAGACAUCGUGGGUGUCAUCAAGAAGAAGGACCCCAUGGGCAGCCAGAAUCGCUGGCUCAUAGACAACGGGGUGACCAAGGGCUUUGUGUACAGCUCCUUUCUGAAGCCCUACAACCCGCGCCGCAGCCAGUCGGACGUCUCUGUGGGCAGCCACUCUUCCAACGAGUCAGAGCACAGCAGCUCCUCUCCCCAAAGCAACACUACACUGACCUUCAGCCCCAGCGGGGCGGCCGUCACCUUCACUCAGAAACCCCUGCAGGACUCAGCCUCCCCGGCAGACCCGUACCAGUCCCUGCAGCCCCCUUCGGAGAUGGACUCCCCGUCUCUACCCCAGCUUAGCUCUGGUGACAGGACAGCCCCGCUGGAGGCUGGUACAGUGACAUCUCAGCGUCGCUACAGCCGCCCGGAGCUGGGCUGCAGCCCUGGCUCUCGUAACGGGCACCCUGCCAAAGCGCAUCUCAGGUCUGCACCCUCGGUGGAGGACAGAGACUCCGGGCUGGAGAGCAGCGAGUCAGAGGGCAACCAGGUCUAUUACGCUCUCUACACCUUCAAAGGCCGAAACACCAACGAGCUGAGUGUGUCAGCUAACCAGAGACUCAGGAUCCUGCAGUUUGAGGACAUCACGGGCAAUCGGGAGUGGUGGCUGGCCGAGGCGCAUGGGAAGCAGGGCUAUGUGCCCUCCAGUUACAUCCGGAAGACAGAGUACACGUGAGGCGGCGGGCAGGAGCCUGCACCCCGUGCCUUGUUCCUGCUAGAACUGCCAGGGGCCUUGGGGAGGCUGGCCAGCCCUGCAGCCCCCACUGCUCGCCCUGAGGCUGUGUCCCUCGCAGCCGUGCAGUGCUCCUGGACCCCACCAUGCUGGCUGCCACCUCCCCUUCUGGGGAGGAAGAAGGGUGGGCUGGCAGGGCAGGCAGGAGCAGGCAGCUUGUGUGAGGGCAGGGGCGAGUUCACCUGUGCUGUUUGAGCCUCCUGUGUCCAGCUGGGAGCAGGGGAGCAAAGCUUGGACCAUGGCCCAGGAGGGUAAGGCUUGACCAAGGCUGAGGAGCUGUUGUGGGUUUAAAUUGUGGAAGGCUAAUGCUGAGUUUCUGGAGUCUGUCUUUAGCCAAGUAGUGUUAAAAGCAACCCAGGCCCUGUGAAUGUCCUCCCUGUGCCUUCUCAGCAGGAGCCUGGUCUCGCCUGUCUGUGCAGGACCUAAGGGUGGGACAUCUACACACUGCCUGGGGAAGCAGCACUGAGGUUCACUGGGAGUAGUUGAGCUCCAGGGCUGGGAUGGGCCCGGCCUCUGAAAGCCCCCACAGCAGAGCCCCCAGUGGGUGCUUCAUCCCCCUGCUUGGUUUCCCAGGGGCUCCGGCCUCUCCAAGCUCUGCUGCUAGCACCAGCCAUCGGGUUCUCGUCUUCCAGGUGAGCUGGAGGUCCAGAACGCCAUCUUCCCUUGUCAGCACAGUAUCUCCAGUGCCCAAGAUCUGUCUUUGCACUGACAUGCCCACCUGGCUGCUCUGGGCUGGGGCAGGGUAGAAGGCAAAGCACAGGCUGUCCUCCAGCCUGAUUUUUUGGGGGCUCUGACUAGGAUUGCCUCACCUGUGCUUUCCUGCUGAGCACUGGAGAUGGUGCUGACGUUCUGCAAGGGCAAGGCCCUCUCCGGGAGGGAUGUGGUGCCCUUUUCCGGGGUGGCGUGUCUUACCCGCUGCUGCCAUGCCCUGAAGGAGGGAAGCUCCCUUCUCUUGGGGCAACAUUUGUAUCCCCUGUACUGCUGCUCUGUAAAUAAAGAUUUGCCC